AUGAUCAACGUGGACGUACUGCGAAUAUUCGUGCAUGCCCAUUUCUACACUUACAGCACCAUCCAUGACAUCUCACUGCGCACAUCAUCGGCUACAAAUCUACGCUCUCUCAUAGAACAUCUAGCCAAGUGUCCUUACGAUGAUAAACUUAAAACAGAUCUCCUCAAUGUUGAUCUCAUCCAAACUCUUUCGCAAGGCCUUCGAUCUGAAGUUGACGUCGUGCGAGAGGAGUCCGUUCGAUGUAUUACCUCAUUAGUGGAUCAUUUUCCGAAUCACACCCAUUUGAGUCAAUUGCUACAGCUGAGAAACUCAGAUGAAGACCUGGAUUUCUUCAGCAAUAUUAUUCAUAUUCAAGUAAGUUUGCAGUAUGACAGUAUCGUGCUAUACAGACCGUCAAUUUUGGCUUGCUUCUCCCAAUGGCGCUGGCAUGAGAUUCAUGUCAGCGGAACUGUGUUUUCCACUUCUAAACCAAAUCUUGGAAGUUUCAGCCCACAUUGAAU